GUGACGUGGAGGAAGGUGAUUUGCUGACAUGAUGAAAUGGGGGUGAAUCUUUGCCUUUAGCGAACCAAAAGACGUGAAACUAAUGGUAAAAUAAGGCUGCUAGUGGCCAAUUUUCUAUUUCUUUGCUAGUGGGAUAGCACUAACCCCUUAUAAAUACACACGCUAGGGUUAGGGUUAGUCAUCAAUACACACAAAGGGUACUACAUCAUUUUUUUUUUCUUUUUUCUUUUUUUUUUGGGGGGUCUUUUCUUCUUUUUUUCCCUUCCAACUCAAUCUACUCAAAAGCUGGUUAUAUUUCGCUUCUAGCUCACUCUUGAACUUGUAUGAGUAGAUUGAGAUAUCAUUCAUCAAGAACCCAUUUAUAAUAACACACAGUUGAGUUAGUUAAUUAGGGUUUAUUUGAGAAAAGAAAAUGAUGAAGAAACGGCAAGUUGUACUAAAAAGAGAUGUCUCUGGAAGAGCUUCUACAACUUCAUCUUCAGUAGUGAGAAACGUAAGAUAUGGAGAGUGUCAAAAGAAUCAUGCGGCCAACAUCGGAGGAUAUGCAGUCGACGGUUGCAGAGAAUUCAUGGCAAGUGGAGAAGAUGCUGCUAACGGUGCUCUUAUCUGUGCUGCUUGUGGCUGCCACAGGAACUUCCAUAGAAGAGAAGUGGAAACUGAGGUAGUUUGUGAGUAUUCUCCACCUAAUUCUAGUCGUUGACAAACUUUAAAACAAGAAACAGAAAAGAAAAGAAAAGAAUACACACAUAUAUAGAGUGGAGAUGAUGAAUUCUAUUGUUAUAUAUGAUAUGAAUUUAACUGAUUGUUGUUGUUUAGAUUGUGCUGUGAAAAAAGGGGGAACACAAAAUUAAUCUUCAAGAAAGUGUGCUCUUCGAAAUUUGUCCCAAGAUUGUAUUAUAUAUCAAACUUCAAGUAAUGCAAUUAAUCCUUCAAGAAA